AUGGCAAAUUAUGCAUGUUAUAAUGUAUCAUUUAGUCCUUCAAACAAUAUCUGGAUGGCUGAUGAUAUUAUGAUAAAACACGUUCCUCUUCUGUGUCUCCAAAUUGCUUAUGAUAUUUUGGUUUCUCGGCUUUUCUACUUCGUCCUCAAGCCCCUUCGUGUGCCCCUCAUUAUUGCGCAGGUGUCGGCUGAUUUUACUCUGAGUCCAAGUCUCUUGGGAAAUUUCGAAUGGGUAUUUUCCUUGUUUUAUAGUCAAUAUGGAAUCCUAGCCGUUGAAACCUUUGCAAACUUAGGAAUAAUUUACUAUGUGUUCCUAAGUGGGUUAGAAAUGAAUUCAGACACCAUCUUAAGAUCAAGGAAGAAAGGUUUUCCUGUCCUUGCAAGAAUCUUAGCUAAUCUUAAACUUUUAUAUACAAAGCUUGGAAAAGAUGCAUUGAUAACAACUAUGUUAACUGAUGCAUAUAGUUGGGUUAUGUUCACCUUGUUGAUUCCUUAUUCGACUAGAGGUGGAAAGCCUUAUCUCUCAGUAAUCUCUACUUUAAUGUUCAUAGUUUUUUGCUUUGUUGUGGUGAGACUUAUCCUUACUCCAAUCAUUGAACACAUAACAAGUAUGAACACGUGGCGAAAAUCACACCUGUUGGACGUGUUGACUGGAGUGUUUAUUUGUUCGUACAUUACGAAUUCUCUCGGUACACAUCCUAUUGUUGGAGCUUUUGUGUUUGGAUUAAUUUUUCCUCAUGGAAAGUUUGCUGAUAUGGUUUUGGAAUUUUCAGCCAAUUUUUUUUUUGGGAUUCUGCGUCCUAUUUACUUUGCUGGAUUUGGUUUUAGACUCAACUUUGCUUUCCUUUUGAAGCAAAAGAAUGCAGGUUUAAUGUUGUUGAUUAUGCUUUUGUUAGGCAUACCUAAAGUUUUGAGCUAUGUGAUUGUCACUUUCUUCUUCGAUGUGCCUUCUCGAGAUGGAGUUGCCAUUGGAUUGCUUCUCAACACCAAGGGUAUCAUGGUUGGCAUACUACCGAAUGUUGCUUGGGACAAAAGGAUUUUGGAUCCAUAUACUUUCAUGGUUAUGAUGCUUGCUAUUAUAGUAAUGACUAUAAUGGUUUUUCCCUUGAUCAAUGCAAUAUACAAACCAAAAUUCCGGUUCAUGCAAUCGCAAUUAAGGACCAUGCAAAAAUUGAGGUUUGACGUGGAGCUUCGAAUCGUCGCUUGUGUUCAUAAUGUUAAACAUGCCAAUAACAUGAUCCAUGUCAUUGAAGCCACAAAUGCUACUAGACUUUCAUCUAUACAUGUCUUGAAGUGCCUUGAGAGGUUUUAG